UAGGCCAGGGGGUUGGCGGUGCCGUGUCAUGGAGGCUCAGUCUCUGAGCAGCCAUUGAAGGGGAAGGAACUGCGGGGCUGUGUGUAUGUGUGUGUGUGUGUGUCUGUGUGUGCGCGCGUGCGUGCGUGUGUGUGCGCGCGCUGGUGUGUGGACAAGGAGGUGGGGGCAGCCGAGUUAGAGUCCCAACUCUUGGACUCCAUUUGCUAUUCUCUUCUUUCUCCCCCACACCUAUCUGGUGGUAGUGGGCGUUUAUAUUUGCGUUCCUUUUCAUUCAUUUCUGAAUCUUAAAAAUUGUGGGUUGGGGGUGGUGGGAAAGGCAGGAAAGGGAAAGGAAGGAGAGUAGUGGCCGAAGAGCAAGAGGAGGACAUGGAGAUGAAGAAGAAGAUUAACCUGGAGUUAAGGAACAGAGCCCCGGAGGAGGUGACAGAGUUGGUCCUUGAUAAUUGCCUGUGUGUCAAUGGGGAAAUUGAAGGCCUGAAUGAUACUUUUAAAGAACUAGAAUUUCUGAGUAUGGCUAAUGUGGAACUAAGUUCACUGGCCCGGCUUCCCAGCUUAAAUAAACUUCGAAAACAAAAUCUUAAAAAUUUGAAAAGUCUUGACCUGUUUAACUGUGAGAUCACAAACCUGGAAGAUUAUAGAGAAAGUAUUUUUGAACUGCUGCAGCAAAUCACAUACUUAGAUGGAUUUGAUCAGGAGGAUAAUGAAGCACCAGACUCUGAAGAGGAAGAUGAUGAGGAUGGAGACGAAGAUGACGAAGAGGAAGAGGAAAAUGAAGCUGGUCCACCUGAAGGUUAUGAGGAAGAGGAGGAGGAAGAGGAGGAUGAGGAUGAGGAUGAGGAUGAAGAUGAAGAUGAAGCAGGUUCAGAGUUGGGAGAGGGAGAAGAGGAAGUGGGUCUCUCAUACUUAAUGAAAGAAGAAAUUCAGGAUGAAGAAGAUGAUGAUGACUAUGUUGAAGAAGGAGAAGAAGAGGAAGAAGAAGAAGAAGAAAGUCUUCGAGGGGAGAAGAGGAAACGAGAUGCUGAAGAUGAUGGAGAGGAAGAAGACGACUAGAUCAUUCUAAGACCAGAUUCUCUAACGUUUCUGGGUGUGCAAUGGAGUGAUCACGUCUUUGUUUCUUCAUGUACGAUAGCUAUCCCUACAGAAGAUAAUGUGUAACUUUUUAUAGGAAAAGUGUGGUUUUACUAUUUUUGCCUUAUCAUUCCAAAUAAGAACUAGUCUGUUAAUGAUCAUAUUGUAUGUAGAGAAAAAAUUUUCACUAACUACCAUUGUGGAAUUCCCUAGCAAUUUAUUUAGACUCUUAAUUUUUAAAAUUCAAGCUUACUGUAUUAGGCAUUUUUAGCUCAUAAUUAAAACAUCACUUUUACACAGGUGUAGUUUGAUGCAUUUCAUUCCUUAUUUAUAAAUUAACUGAAAUUACAGUUUGCUGUAAUAUGAAAUGACAAUAGUCUCUUGAGUGGUAAGUUGGUUAUUUUUUUAGAGGUGAUCCAGGGAUCUUUAGUUUGAAGGCAGUUACCUUUUUUUUUGAGUAAGAGUGUUUGGUUGCUUUUUUGUCGCAAGUAACUUGGAAAGUAGAAGCAGAAUAGUAGAGGUUGUAUUCAGCAACAUAGUUCACAGAUUUUGUGGAGGUUCUGUUCAGUAACAUAGUUCAUGGAUUUAGUGGUGACUGAUAAUUUCAUCUUUGAAGGACUGAUUUUAUUUUUGAAGGAAAAAAUCGCUUAUACGAAGUCCAGAGACAUGCAGGUGAGCCCUUUCAUCAGGCUGCAAAUCAUGACAUGCCAAUGGUGGUUUAUUUUGUUUUGUUUUAGGUGUGCAUUCUUUUUCUUCUUAGCAAUUUCUUUAUGAUCACCUUCCCUUCUUGUUUCGUUUCCUUCCUGCUCUCUCAAAAGAAAGUUGGGAAACUUGUGAAUACCCAGGAAAACCUUUAGUCUUAUACCUCAACUACCUUUCUGUCCUGUCUGGGUUUUAAAUAAGUGAAGUGAAAGAAGUUGACUAUUUUCUGACCUAAGAAUAUAUUAUCAAUACAGUUUUAUGCGGUAAGCUCUGCUUACCAUAAAUGUUUCUUGGUUGACAACAUCUAAGGUUAUAUUAGUAGGAUGAAGAAAGAAAAGCAGGGGGUGGUUUUGGAAGCAGUAUUAGUGUUCCUCAAAAGUCAGAACAAUUGCCUGUUGAACAUUAAAGUCAAAUUUUAAAGUUGGCUUCUGAAAUGUUUUGGAUACUACUCUGCAAAGUAUUCCUAAUUUUUCUGAGUAGAACCUUUAAUUCCUACAGUUUUAAA